GGCGGCUGCUUCCGUAGCGCAGAGCCAGGCCCCCGCUGUGCCCAGCCCGGGUGGGGACCGUCUGCCCGCACCAGCCCCCCAGCCGGAGCCUGCAGGUGCUUUAAAGGAGCCGGCCGCGUGUUCCCGAUGGAGAAGUGGCUCUUCCUAGAUCCUCGGCAGAGGGCCCUGUACAGAGAUGUCAUGCAGGAGAGCUAUGAGACCCUGAUGUCCCUCAAAUAUCCCAUCCCUAAACCGGACGUGAUCUCCCGGCUGGAGCACGGGGAAGAGCCGUGGGUCCCCCCGGAUCUCCAGGGCUCUGGGGGACAGGACCUCCCGAGAGGCGCCAACCCAGGGACCGCGAGCGAGACCGAGGGCGAGGCUCCACGGCCAGAAGGCCCCGAGACGGCAUCAUCGGGAAGCAGCCGGGGGAAGGUGGGCCGCAAUCCCAAAGGGGGCAAAGCCGGCAGGUCCGGAGGCCAGCAGGGAAAGCCACCGGGGAAGAGACGGGGCAGAGAAGCUCCAUGCAACGGAGGCUUCAAGAAAGUCCGGGAUGGGGCGGCCCCGCGGAGAGGCCGAUUGGGGGAGAGCCCCGAAGCCAGGCUCAGCGUGGACGGUAGCAGGCAACUUCCUGCGGGAGAGGAGCCCUCUCUGUGCCCGGAGAGCUCCGCCCUCCUGACCCAGCAGAGAUCCCACGCGGGGCAGGGCUCCUACCCGUGCCCGGAGUGUGGGGAGAGCUUCAUCGAGAGCUCCGCCCUCCUGACGCACCAGCAGUCCCACACCGGGCAGGAGCCCGGCCCGCGGCGCCGGCCCCAGGCUCCCGGCGGGAAGCGUUACCGCUGCUCCGAGUGCGGGGAGCGCUUCCGGGUGAGCUCCCACCUGGCCACCCACCUGCGCCUCCACACCGGGAUCAAGCCCUUCCAGUGCGCCGACUGCGGGAAGGGCUUCGACUGGGGCUCGCACUACGCCCGGCACCGGCGGCUGCACACCGGCGAGCGGCCCUUCCAGUGCACCGACUGCGGGAAAUGUUUCGGGCGCAGCUCCCACCUCUACCGGCACCAGCGGGCCCACGCCGGCGGGAAGCCCCUGGAGUGCCCGGACUGCGGCAAGGCCUUCAACAGUAGCGCCUUCUUCCACAAGCACCAGCGGGCCCACGCCGCCCCCCGGCAGCCCCACCGCUGCCCCGAGUGCGGGGAGAGCUUCCCCCGCCGCGCCGCUCUCGCCCGGCACCGCCGGAGCCACCGGGGCGACAAACCCUUCCGGUGCGGGGACUGCGGGAAAGGCUUUGCCUGGAGCUCCCACCUGGAGCGGCACCGGCGCGUCCACACCGGCGAGCGGCCCCACACCUGCGGCGAGUGCGGGGAGGCUUUCAGCCAGAGCGCCCACCUGGUGAAACACAAGCGGGUGCACACGGGCGAGAGGCCCUACGGGUGCCCGGACUGCGGGAAGAGCUUUGGGGACAGCUCGGCGCUGGCCAAACACCGGGGGUGCCACGCCGGCGGGGAGAAACGGCGCCUGGCUGCGAAACGCCUGGUGGCAGAGAGACCCUAUCGGUGCGGCGACUGCGGGAAAAGUUUUGCUCGGAGCAUGGCGCUGGUGAGGCACCGGAAAAGCCACGCGGAGAGGCAACCUGACGGUGGGGAGAGCUCAGCCAAGACGAGCCCCCGGGGGGAGAACUCCUGCCAUCCCUGCCCCGACUGCGGGAAAAACUUCCCUCGAGGCUCCCAGCUGGACAGACACCAGCGCCUCCUCCACACGGCGGGUCAGCCCCACCGGUGCCCACAGAGCACAGCGCUGGCCAAGCAUCGCCGGGGCGACAGACCCUUCCGGUGCGGGGACUGCGGGAAAGCCUUCGCCUGGAGCUCGCACCUGGAGCGGCACCGGCACAUCCACACCGGCGAGCGGCCCCACACCUGCGGCGAGUGCGGGGAGGCCUUCAGCCAGAGCGCCCACCUGGUGAAACACAAGCGGGUGCACGCAGGCCAGCGGAAGAGCUUCGGGGACAGCUCGGCGCUGGGCAAGCACCGGGCCGGCAAAGAGGACACAUCCCACCGCUGCGGCGACUGCGGGAAAAGUUUCAGCUGCGUCACGGACCUCGACCGGCACCAGCCUUCCCACGCGGCGGAGAAACCCUACCAGUGCGGGGACUGUGGGAGAAGCUUCAGCCGGGCACCGGCGCUGGCCAGGCACCGGCGGCUCCACGCCGCUGGGGGGAAACCCUUCCGCUGUGCCGACUGCGGGAAGGGAUUUGCCUGGAGUUCCCACUGGGAGCGGCACCGGCGCGUCCACACCGGUGAAAAGCCUUUCCAGUGCGCCGACUGUGGGAAAUGCUUCGGCCGUAGCUCCCAUCUCUACCGGCAUCAGAGGAACCACCCCAGAGAGAAACCCUCCUCCCAAGGAGUUGAGUAAAGGGGAACGUGACCACCAGGAAGGGACCCUAAUGAGACAACAGGGAAACCAACCCCAGGAACCCU